AUGGAUAAGGCUUGGAUGCAUAUUGAUGAUAGAUUGCAUUCCCGUGAGUAUGAAGAAGGUGUUAGACAAUUCCUCGCUAUGGCCAUAGCACACACUCCAACCACUGAUCAGAUUAGGUGUCCAUGUAAAAGAUGUCGGAAUAGAGCUUUCCAUUCCAUUCGUACUGUCGAAGAUCAUUUGUUCCUUAGAGGGUUUGAUCCAACUUAUCAAUGCUGGAUAUUCCAUGGAGAAGAUGAUCCUUUCCUUUCCACUCCUUUGUCUGAUGAAGAAGCAGAUGACACCUUCGAUUUCAGUGAAUAUCCAGAUGAUCUGGACGAGAUGUUAGAUGAAAUUCGUCAUGGCUCGUAUAUGGGAAGUCAGUGGCAAAGGGACGGAGAUGUGAACAUGGAUGAUCAACCAUCCACCUCUAAUACUCAAACAAACUUUACCUUUGAGGAGUUGGUCGCUGAUGCACGACGUCCACUUUAUCCUUCAUGUAAGCAGUUCUCGAAGUUGUCAUUCAUCGUGAAGUUGCUUCACAUCAAAAGCAUUGGUAGUUGGACCGUGAAGUCUUUCGAUAUGGUCAUAAAGCUUUUGCAAGAGGCAUUUCCGGAAGCUCUAUUCCCUGAUUCAUAUGCCGAUGCUCGUUGCUUGGAGCGUGGCUUGAGGUUUAGUUACGAAAAGAUACAUGUGGGAGCAAAGCACAAGUUCCGCUCGAAGGAUACCGAAAAAAGUUCUCCGAUAUUUUCCGCUGAAGCCGCGGUUGCAGGGCUAUAUAUGUCAAAGAAGACAGCCCAGGCCAUGAGAUGGCAUGUAGAUGGACGUGUUGACGAUUCGACAUGCAUGGGACAUCCAUCAGAUUCUAGGGUUUGGAAGGACUUUGAUAUCAAACAUCAUAUGUUUUCCCAAGAUCCUCGAAAUGUUAGACUUGGUUUGGCCAGUGAUGGGUUUAAUCCUUUCAAUAACAUGAGUAGACCAUACAACAUUUGGCCCGUACUGCUUGUGCCUUACAACUUGCCCCCACAGUCAUGCAUGAAAGAUCCAUAUACCAUGUUGUCGUUGCUAAUCCCUGGGCCUAAGUCACCAGGUAAUGAUAUUGAUGUGUUCUUGCGUCCUCUGAUCGAUGAGUUGAAGGAGUUAUGGGAAGAGGGUGUUCGUACCUAUGAUGCGUACAGUGGGCAAAACUUUACACUGCAUGCAGCUCUACUUUGGACUAUCAAUGACUUCCCUGCAUACGCCAAUCUUUCCAGGUGGAGCACAAAAGGCAAGAUGGCAUGCCCAUAUUGUACAUCUGACACAAAUUCACAAUGGUUGGUAUAUGGCCGCAAACAUUGCUACAUGGGUCAUCAACGAUGGUUGCCCGUAGGGCACACAUGGAGACGCAGAAAAAUGCUUUUAAUGGGUUUGAAGAGCACAGACUCCAACCAUCAAGAGUCGUUGGAGAGGAAUUGCUUGAACAACUAA